ACAGGUGGAAGGAAGGAUGCCCAGCAUCUUCGCCUAUCAGAGCUCUGAGGUGGACUGGUGUGAGAGUAACUUCCAGCACUCAGAGCUGGUGGCUGAGUUCUACAACACGUUCAGCAAUGUCUUCUUCUUCAUCUUUGGACCCCUCAUGAUGUUCCUCUUGCAUCCAUAUGCCCAGAAGCGCACCUGGGGCAUCUAUGUCAUCUCGGUUCUCUUUAUGGUGAUAGGUCUGUUCUCCAUGUAUUUCCACAUGACCCUCAGCUUCCUGGGGCAGCUGCUGGAUGAGAUUUCUAUCCUGUGGUUGCUGGCCAGUGGCUACAGCGUGUGGCUGCCCCGUUGUUACUUUCCCAACUUCCUCCAGGGGAACAGGUCCCACUUCACCUGCCUGGUGUUCACGGCCACUAUGAUCAGCACCUUCCUGACCUUCCUGAAGCCCACCAUCAAUGCAUAUGCCCUCAACAGCAUCGGCAUACACAUCCUCUACAUAGUGCACAAAGAGUACAGGAAGACCAGCAAUCAGGACCUCCGGCACCUCAUUGAGAUCUCUGUGGUCUUAUGGGUUAGCGCACUGACCAGCUGGAUCAGCGACCGUGCUCUCUGCAGCUUCUGGCAGCGGAUUCACUUCUUCUACCUCCACAGCAUCUGGCAUGUUCUAAUAAGCAUCACCUUCCCUUACGGUAUUGUGACCAUGGCCCUGGUGGAUGCCAAGUACGAGAUGCCAGGUCAAACUCUCAAGGUUCACUACUGGCCACGGGACAGUUGGCUUGUGGGGCUGCCCUAUGUGGAGGUCCAGGACAAUGACAAGAACUGCUGA